AUGGUAUCAGAGCUAGGUUCGUCCUGGCCUGUGGGCCCACUUUACACUUCCGCUGCUAAGCCGCCCCUGACACUACUGCACCGACACCUUUUCGCCGCUCUGCGGCUUUCUUCCUUCCCACCCCCCUCCUCCUUUGUCUCCCUGCAGCCGCGGGGAGGAGGGUAUGGGGGUGGAGGGUGUUGGAGUGUGGCGUCACCUCUCUCCCUUCCCCUCCUCCUUCUUUCAGUCCCACCGCUGCAGCUGCCGCUGGGGGGAGAAGGUGUGAGGAUGUGGGGGAGCAGGGGGAGUGGUAACGGGGUGGCGGGUGUGAGGCAACAUGCAGCCGUCCCUCCACCUCUCCUCUCUUCCCCCCCUUCUCUGCUGCUCCUGCAGCAGUGUGGGGGAGGGGAAGGAGGAGGGUGA